GCAGCACAACCAUGUUAGCCCCACGGCUGCCGCUCGGCCCGGCGGGGCUGCUGCUGCUGCUUCUCUUCCCGCUGCCCGCGCAGCCCGAUCCUGAAGCCAGCUGCGAUCCCGACGGCUGCUACGCGCUCUACCCGCAGCCGCGCAGCUUCCUGGAGGCCUGGCGCGCCUGCCGGGAGCUGGGGGGCAACCUGGCCACGCUGAAGCGAGCCGAAGAAGCGGCCCAAGUCAGCCAGCUGUUAGCCGGCAGCCGCGGCCAGCCGGGACCGCCCCGUCUGUUCUGGAUCGGGCUCCAGCGCCAGCCGCGCCAGUGUUUCCCGCAGCGGCCCUUGCGCGGCUUCAGCUGGGUCACCGGCGAGCAGGAGACGGCUUACAGCAACUGGGCCGGGGCCAGCGCAGCCGUCGGGGCCCCGGGAGCCGCCGGCUGCGCCGCUCCGCGCUGCGUGGCCUUGGACGACCGCGAUUUCCAGUGGCUGGAAGGCUCCUGCGCGGGGCCCGUGGACGGCUACCUCUGCCGCUUCGUCUUCCGUGGGAUGUGCGCCGGGCUGGAAGAGGAAGGCGGCGACGACGGCGGCGGCAUCAGCAUCAGCUACGCGGCUCCCUUCGGCCGGCUGGCCGCUCCAGCCGCCGUCGGGGCUCCCCCGCGCUUCGUGCCCUUCGGGACCGUGGCCUCCGUGGGCUGCCCCGGCGGUGCCUCGCUGUCCUUGCUGUGCCUGCAGAAGGAGGACGGGCGCGUGGGCUGGUCCAAGAGCCCGCCGCUGUGCCGGGCAGGGCCGUCGGGGGGCAGCGCGGUGGCAUCCUCGGCUUCCGCUGCCAGCUGGUGCGAGGGCGACAACGGCGGGUGCCAGCAGCUGUGCCUGGACGAGGGCUCGGGUUACGCCUGCGAGUGCCACGCCGGCUACCUGCUGCUCCCCGACGGGCACUCCUGCGCCGCCAACGACCCCUGCCGACGGCGGCCCUGCCAGUUCGACUGCGUGGCGGAGGAGGAUGGCACGGACGGCUACAGCUGCCGGUGCCCAGCUGGGUACGAGCUGGCUUCCGACGGGCACCAGUGCGAGGACUUGGACGAGUGCCUGGAUGCCCCCUGCGAACACCAGUGCGAGAACACGGAGGGCUCCUUCCUCUGCCGGUGCCACCUGGGCUUCAGCCCCUCCGAGGAGGAACCCGGGCAGUGCGUGGACACCGACGAGUGCCAGAUCCCCGGCGUGUGCCAGCAGAUGUGCGUGAACUACGUGGGCGGCUUUGAGUGUUACUGCACCGAGGGCUUUGACCUGGAAGCCGACGGCAUCAGCUGCAGCCCCGUGGAUGCCCUGGAGGGGCCCGAUGCCACCCCGCCCGAGGCCUGGCACGACCCUUUCCACAUCCGCUUCACCACCAGGGAAGCCGACGACCUCAGCGAGCCGCCCGUCCGUUUCUCGCUCUUCCGCGACGGGGAGGCCGGCUCGUCGUCGGAUUCCGCCGCCUCUUUCUUGUCGGUGCCCGACAGGCUGGUUUUCCCUCCUCCGGUGCCAGCGACGGCCGCCCCCGAGUUUGACAGCGCCUGGGACUCGCGCGUUUCUCCCUUGGAGCAGAGUUUCUCCUCCCCGGUGCACCCCGAGGUCCUCCAUCCCACCCCCGAGGCUUCCGAUCCUCCUCCUCCUCCUCCUGCGACGUCCGAGGUGGGGUCCCUGCCUCUGGGCGUCACGGGGACCCUCCUGCCCACCUCGGAGGUGCCGGCGGAGCCCCUCACCACCCCUCCCUCGGAUGAGAAGGCGGAGGACCCCGUCGUUGGGGGAGUCCGGGCGCCCCUCCUGCCCACCUCUGCCGCCCCCAGCCCGGCCUCUGGGGAGGGACGGCCGAGGAAGGAUGACCGCUGGCUUUUGGUGGCUUUACUGGUGCCCAUUUCCGUCUUCCUGGUGAUCAUGCUGGCGCUGGGCAUCGUCUACUGUACCCGAUGCGGUGCUCAGGUCAAAAGCAGGAGCGUCACCCAGUGUUACCGGUGGGUGAUCAACACGUCCGAGAAAACCGCCCCCACCACCUCCUCCUCUUCCUCCUCCCGGCCUUGCCAACCGGCCACCUGCCGGACCAGUGUGUGAACUACGCGCCCCAGCACCGGGGAAGGAGGGGUGGUGGUGAAUGGCCCUGCUCCGGUGCCAGAGGUGGGCACAAGGACCAAAAAAAUAGUGGGCCCCUCUGCUCACCCGCGGGGCAAAUGCCACCCCUCCCUUUUGCCACCUCUGGGAUAUGCCAGCCUGCCAGGAUGCAGAGACCCAGCUGGAGGGGCGCCCAAGGCUGGCUUUCCACCCCUUCCCCUCCUCCCAGGCUGGGGGUGAGAGCCCCCAAACCGACUCGGAACUUGGUUGCUGGAGUAAAGAGACUUUUUUGGGGGUGGGGGCCGCGGAAGCCCCCUCCCAACGCAACUUGGCGCCCCCUGGCGUGCGACCCGGUGCUGCUGGAGAUCUGGAGCGACUUUCCUGACCUGGGGGGUGGGGAGGGAGGAGUUGGUGCUUUCUCAAACGUGGGGGCGGGGGGGGGAUAAAAGUUAAAAUCCGAGACGAAUUUGUGUGCCAGGGACGGGGGUCUUUCCGCCCCCGCCCCCAGCGCUGGUUGUUCCUCCAACCAGGGGGAGUUAAGUGUCUAGUCCUCAUGGCUUCGGAAGAAAUCGGAUUCCCUCCCCUCCCCACAUCUUCUUUUGCAUCUGGAGUCAUUGGCGAGCUGUUUCUAGUCCUUAUGGCUUGGGAAGAAACCGGAUUUCUCCCUCACCCCCCCCCCCCCAGCUUCCUCUGCUCGGGAGUCAUUGGCGAGUUAAGUUCCUAGUCCUCACGGCUUCGGAAGAAACCAGAUUUUCCCUCCCCCCCCCCAGCUUCUGUUGCAUUUGGGGUCCCAUCACGGAUCCACUACGAACUUUUAAAAACUUUUUUGUAAAAUAUCUCUUCAUCCCGCCCCCCCCAGCCCAGUUCAAUUUGUGCAGGAAAUAGAGGGAAGGGGCUCCCUGCGGCCAUCCCAAGCCUGGCCCGCUGGAGGAGGGUGGGGGCUGCGCAGAAGGCAGGGGAAGCUUGCCCCCCCUUGCAAAA